ACAGCUUCCACCAUCACUCAAGGUAGCAGUUGGUACAGAACUGCUGGGGAGACCUUUCUCCUCAAGCUUUCAGGACUCUGCUCUUACAAUGGCCUUAGUCUAUCAACCAGUGAUGCAAUUAAGUGGCAUAUUGGUCUCUCUGUUGGGAUGGGUCCUGUCCUGUCUCACCACCUAUCUACCCCAGUGGAAAAACCUUAACUUGGAACUAAAUGAACUGGAGAUCUGGACCAUGGGACUCUGGCAAGCUUGUGUUGUCCAGGAAGAAGGUGGAAUGCAAUGCAAGGACUUCGAUUCUUUCCUAGCUUUGCCUCCAGAGCUCAGGAUUUCUAGGAUUUUGAUGUUUUUUUCCAAUGGAUCAGGGCUUUUGGGCCUUUUGCUCUCAGGAUUUGGGUUGGACUGUUUGAAAAUUGGUGAAAGACAACAGGAACAAAAGAAACGGUUGUUGCUGUUUGGAGGAAUGCUCUUCUGGAUUUCGGGGAUUACAGCUAUUGUCCCAGUUUCCUGGGUUGCCCAUGCCACAGUCCAGGAAUUUUGGGAUGAGAAUAUACCAGAUAUUGUUCCCAGGUGGGAUUUUGGGGAAGCAUUGUUUGUUGGCUGGCUUGCUGGAUUUUGUCUUAUAUUAGGAGGAUCUCUACUUAAUUGCACAAUCUGUUCUACUGCAGUCCAUCCGUCUUCAGUCCAUUAUGCAGUAGCAGAACAGCAGGAUCAGUGUCAAUGCUUGGAAACUGAAACAAGGCCUUAAAAUGGGAGGUUUUAAGCAGUACAGCAACACUGCCCUCUUUUCCAAACCCUAGUGCAAGCCAGAAGCUUGUUCCGGUAGUAAUUCAAAGGACUCUUUGUUAUCCAGCUGAUUUCCUGAAUUUAUAUCUGUUUUCUCCAUAAACUGGUAUUGGAAGGUGGUGUGUUUUCUCACCUGUGGAACUGCUUAAAACUGUUUCACAGCAAAAUGCUGAGGUGUUCAC